GACGGGAGGCGCGGCGGAGAACUUUGUCCGGGUCCCAGUGUUCCUCCCUGCCCUGCCGAAGCGGGAAACUGCAUCCGCGGUCGCUGGCCCCGGGGGUAGGAUAGGCGGGGCGGUUCCAUCCGGGGCCUCGGAGCCUGGUCACCGUGGGAAGGAAGAGCGGCUCCAUCCGGGUCUUAGCGAUGCUGUCAUGACAGGAAUCCGACCAGGGCGGGGCUGAGUUCGAGGGAAAUCAGCUGCCUGAGGAGAAGCAGAGCCGGCCGCAGCCAGCUUGCGGAGCCAGCACCUCCUGCUGCGCCCGGGCACCCGGCGGCCCGGUCCCCGGCUCACGCGCGCAGGCUUCCUGAAACUGUAAGCAAUGGAUGAAGACGCAAACCAAAUGCAGCCCUUGAAUGAGAAGCAGGUGCCGAACUCUGAAGGUGGAUAUGUAUGGCAGGUCACCGAUAUGAAUCGACUCCACCGUUUCUUAUGUUUUGGUUCAGAAGGUGGUACAUACUACAUCAAUGAGCAGAAACUUGGCUUUGAAAAUGCUGAAGUUUUAAUAAGACUGAUUGAAGAUGGUAAAGGUUGUGAUGUGGUACAGGAAAUAAAGACAUUCAGCCUGGAAGGAAGGGCAGCAAAACAGGAGCCCAUGCUUUUUGCUCUUGCAAUUUGUUCACAGUGCUCUGAUGCAAAAACAAAACAAGCAGCAUUUAAGGCUGUUUCUGAAGUCUGCCGCAUACCAACUCAUCUGUUUACUUUCAUCCAGUUUAAAAAGGAUCUGAAGGAGGGCAUGAAGUGUGGCAUGUGGGGCCGUGCCCUUAGAAAAGCUGUUGCAGACUGGUACAAUGGAAAGAAUGGCCUGGCGGUUGCUUUAGCAGUUACAAAAUAUAAACAAAGAAAUGGUUGGUCUCAUAAAGAUCUGCUGAGGUUGUCUCACCUAAAACCUGCCAGUGAAGGACUCGCUGUAGUUACUAAGUAUAUCACUAAGGGGUGGAAGGAAGUCCAAGAGGCAUAUAAAGACAAGGAAUUUUCUUCUGAAACUGAAAAAUUGUUAAAAUAUCUGGAGGCUGUGGAGAAAGUGAAACGUACGAAAGAUGAAUUGGAAGUUAUUCAUUUGAUAGAAGAGUAUAAGCUAGUUAGGGAGCAUCUCCAGACAAACCAUUUGAAAUCUAAAGAGGUGUGGAAGGCAUUGUUGCAGGAGAUGCCCAUUACAGCAAUGUUGAGGAAUCUAGGAAAGAUGACUGCAAAUUCAGUACUUGAACCAGGAAGCCCAGAAGUAGCAAUAGUGUGUGAAAGACUGAGAAAUGAGAAACUGUUAAAAAAGGCUCGAAUACAUCCAUUCCAUGUUUUGGUUGCAUUAAAAACCUACAAAACAGGACAUGGAAACCGGGGAAAACUUCGGUGGCUUCCUGAUAAAGACAUUUUAGAAGCUCUUGAUGUCUCUUUUUACAAAACAUUCAAGACAGUGGAACCAACAGGAAAGCGUUUCUUGCUUGCAGUUGAUGUCAGUGGUUCCAUGACACAAAGAGUUUUGGGCAGUGUGCUCAGUGCUAGUACAGUUGCUGCAGCAAUGUGUAUGGUUGUUGCACGCACAGAGAAAGAUUCCAAUAUUGUUGCCUUUUCAGAUGAAAUAGUCCCCUGUCCAGUGACGAAAGACAUGACAUUACCUCAAGUAUUACUGAAAAUGUCUGAAAUUCCAAUGGGUGAAACUGAUUGUUCUCUUCCAAUGAUAUGGGCUCAAAAAACACACACAGCUGCUGAUGUCUUUAUUGUGUUCACUGAUAAUGAGACCUUUGCUGGAGCUAUUCAUCCUGCAGUUGCUCUGAAGGAAUACAGGGAGAAAAUGGGUAUUCCAUCUAAACUGAUCGUUUGUGGAAUGGUAUCAAAUGGCUUUACCAUAGCAGACCCAGACGAUAGAGGCAUGUUGGAUAUAUGUGGCUUUGAUGCAGGAGCUCUAGAUGUCAUUCGCAACUUCACUUUGGAUUUGAUUUAAUCUGUGAGCACCUGCUAUUCACAGUGGGUCCAUUGCUGGCAAGAGACUCUGCCCUGAGAACUCCCAGCCAAAUGUACACGUGAUGCACAUAUCAGAAUGAUACCUUUUUGUAAAGGGAAAAGCAGAUGAGAUAUUACUUUUUUUGUUGUUGUUGCACAUAGUUUAAAAAUAACAAUGGAAAAGCCUUCUAAAUGUUGCUACACAGUUUUAUGAUUUAAUUUCAUUCAUAAUAGUUGAAUAAUACUAAGGUUUUCUGUCACUGUACAAUGCCUUUGUCUUCAAGAAUAAAUUAAUUAAUUACUUCUGGUAUUGGGAGUGGGGGCAGGAAAGGGAAAUGGUGUUAAUGUUUUUAAAUAGUGUCAGUUUAACAGCAGUUUACUCAAGGUUUGUUUUUGUUUUUUAAUCUUUGUAUUUGAAAAGAAUAAGAUUCAACCAUUUCCAUUGUUCAGUUUCAAAUCUAUAAAAGAGAAAUUAUUUUCUGGAGUGCACUAGACCAUGUAACUGUGAUGGAGUGUAAAAGUUGUCAAAUUUUAUACUGACAAAGUGAAAGUGGAAAUAUGUGAUUAAAUUGUGAUAAUCAGACUUUUUCUGAACAGAUAACUAUCUGGAUCUUCUAAAAUAAAAUAUGUAACUUUUUUGGUAAAUUGAAAGGCAGUUUUUGUACAUUGCAAUUUCAGCAGCACUAUUGUAGAAUUUGUAUGCUUUGUAAGAAAUCUGUACAAACUCUUUUUAGCAAAAGAAAGGAUCCCUGAAGUCAUAAAAUGAAGUCCCAUCCUUCAAAGUAAUAGCUUGCUGAGGUUUCAAGUGCUUUUUUGAUGAGGAAGAUUAACAAAUGCAUCUGAAUUAGUCUAACUCUUAAGUUUUGGUCAUCAUAUCAAAAAAAUAGCUCUUAAUUUCUGUAUUAUCUGCUCAUUCUUUUGAAGAAAUCUUAUCCUCCUAAAAAGCAGAGCACUUUAUGGCAUUUAAUCUGCUUAAAGAUUAACUUUAUUUCUCUGAUUUUUAAAAAUAAAUUAAAUCCAGUCUAUUUUCAAAACUACUUCCACUUCAUAGUGACAUUCUUACAGUGAUCUUUCUGCAUUAUACAGCUGCCCUCUUCAUACUCAAAAUCUUACUUGUUUAGCAAUGUAUUGGAAAUGAGAGUUUUAAUCUUCUGUAUGACAAUAAAGACAGAAGAGGGCAAAAGGCAUAGGGGAGAAAGUUAUAUCUACAGAUAACUUCUUGACUCUGUUUUAGAGCAGGAAUUAAUAGUAAUGUGUUUAUAUAAUAUCAAAAGGUCUUUUGAAAAUGUCACAGAUUAAGAACACAAGUUUUAUCUUUAAGGUUUUUAGUAAUACUUUACAUCUUUCCCUAAAUUGUAUGCAUGUGGCUGUCAAGAGUCCUGCUUAGGGUGACCAGACAGCUAACGUGAAUAAUCAGGAUGGGGGUGGGGAUAAUAGGAGCCUAUAUAAGAAAAAGACCCAAAAAUCAGAACUGUCCCUAUAAAAUCAGGACAUCUGGUCACCCUAGUUCUGCUGUCUGUGAUUAUUUUAAAAGAGUAAUUUGGUGUUUGUUUGAAAAAGAUUGUAGUUAUAAAAUAAGCUAAUUUAUAGUAAAUAAUACAUGACACUUCUGUUUCUAUGCUGAAAAUAUGCUUUGAGAUGUAAAGCAGGUGUUCACAUUUGAACAAUGGAUAAACUCUUUAUCUCAUUAUUCAAUAUGUUUAAAGUAUAAAGAAAAUAAGUUCAAGUUAGUGUUUGUAGGAUGGAGAUUUUAGACUCUGAUAAUGUUUAAAAUAUCAGAUGGGUGAUGGCAUGCCCCAGGCUUACUGUCUCAGUUAGUCAUACUAAUGUCCAAGGUGUCAUACUACCCAUUUUUGCUCUACUUCAAGGAUUAAUCAGAAUAAUGAAGAAUCCCACUCUGUCAUGAAUUUUACACGGAUAGCACUUGAGCUGUUUUUUAAAACUCUCAUUUGAAGAACUGGUGGUAACGGAGUAGUGCCUUUCAGUCAAAGUGAAUGGAACUUCUUGCAGUUAAUCGUUGGUAAGUGAUAGUGCAGUAGUAGAAUAAAGUUUUCAAAAUGUGA